GAGAGAGAGAGAGAGAGAGAGAGAGAGAGAGAGAGAAACACAGAGAGGUAGACAGAGAGAGGUAAAACAGUUCUUCAGAGAAAGAAAGAAGGAUUUCCAGUCAGUUCAUGAUGAAGCUCCACACGGCAGCGUUGGUCCUUUCUGUUCUUCUGCACACAGUAUGGGCUCAGAACCCAGCUGUGUCCGUACGACCUUGUACGGCUGCCGUUAAACCGGGCGAGACGGUGACCUUCCAGUGCAGGGUGACGAGCGGCUCACAGCCCGUCCAGUUCGAGUGGAAGAGGACCAACAACCAACCGCUUGGAGAUAAUGUUAAAAUUGACGGUGCUGUGCUGACUAUUACUAACGUCCGACCCAAUAACCAGGGGAACUAUCGCUGCAUCGCAACCAAUGCACAAGGAAAAGCCGCCAUUAGCGCCUCUCUGACCAUCAAGCAGCCUCCGAAGGUUCGAAUCACACCAUCAGGGCCAGUGAUCCUCAUGGCGGGUGAGAGUGCAUCUCUAGAAUGCAUCGGUUCAGGGAAGCCGCGACCCUCCAUCAGCUGGUUCAAACAGGAAGGAGGAAGUGAGAUUGUUGUCAUGUCCACAACAACAGAAACCAAAGCUGUUCUACAGAUGACAGUGAUGACAGCAGAGGAUGCUGGAAUAUUUGUGUGUCGUGCUCAGAACAAGGAAGGGACUGCUGAGGAGAGGGUGGAGCUUAAGAUACAGGGCGGAGUCUCUACUGGCACCGUGCCAGAGGCUUCAGUAACCGACACUGACCUCACAGCUGUGGAGGGCCAAACGGUGACUAUGCACUGCCAAUCUAGCGGCUCGCCCACUCCACUAAUUUCCUGGUCUAAAUUGCGGGCGCCAUUGCCAUGGCAACACAAGGUGACUGGAGGAAGUCUUACUCUCAAUAAUGUGGGACGGCAGGACUCUGGUCAGUACAUCUGUAACGCUACAAACUCAAUGGGUUACAGCGAAGCGUACGUGCAGCUGGAGGUGGACUCACCUCCCUACGCCACCACUCUGCACGAUGAAAUCGUUGCCCGUCGGGGUGAAGCCUUGCGCCUGCAGUGUCUCGCCCAUGGCACUCAUCCAAUCCGCUUCCGCUGGACACGUGUCUCUGGUCAUAUGUCUCCGGGGGCGGAGACCACCAAAGAUGGCAUUUUGAAGAUUAAUCAGUUGAAAGUGACAGACAGCGGAACGUAUAAAUGCAUUGCAACCAAUCACGUAGGAUCCAGCGAAGUCCUAGCAAAAGUCACUGUUAAAGCUUAAUUUCAGAGACGCUCAACAAUUUCAUGCAGAUUCUGAAAAAUCUAAAUUAAUUAUGAGGUCACCAUAACCUCUUACCAGACAUUACUGACUUCUGAUCUGCCAAGAAGAGACUAAAUAAACUGAUGAUGUUCUGCUCAGGUGAUCAAAGCAUCAAAACAGGAAGAGAUUCUGUUUGUAUAAUGUUACUUGAAAUAUUUCUCAAAUUGUAUGCGGGAUCAUAUGCUUUAAAUCUGCCUUUCUGUCAAACAAACACAUAAUAAAGGUCUCCGAACUGUG